UCAACCAUCAGGGUGGAGAGACGCUCCAGCGACACUUGGACAUAAAGCGCGCAGAACACACGCCGAGUCGCCAGCAGCAGCAGCAGCAGCAGUGCGGGGAAACGAGAGAGCAAUGCAGUCGCUGUACCGGCACCUGCUCAGCCUGCUGUUCGUCGGCAGCCUGCAGCUCCACCGGCUCACCGAGGGCUGCUCGUGCGCGCUGACGCACCCGCAAGACGCCUACUGCAACUCCGACAUAGUCAUUCGCGCUAAAGUGGUGGGCAAGAAGCUACUGAGCGACGGACCUUUUGGAACAAUGCGCUACACCGUCAAGCAAAUGAAGAUGUACAAAGGAUUCGAAAAAGUCCAGCAUGUGCAGCAUAUUUACACGGAUGCCUCGGAAAGCUUGUGCGGUGUCAAGUUUGACAUCAACAAGUAUCAGUAUCUCAUCACAGGCCGGGUGUACGACGGCAAGGUGUACACGGGACUGUGCAACUUCAAUGAGCGGUGGGAGCGCCUCUCGUUGGCCCAGAAGAAGGGCAUCAACCACCGCUACCAGCUGGGCUGCAACUGCAGGAUUAAGCCCUGCCACUACCUGCCCUGCUUUGUGACCUCCAAGACCGAGUGCCUGUGGACGGACAUGUUGUCCCACUUCGGCUAUCCGGGCUACCAGUCCCGACACUACGCCUGCAUCCAGCAGAAGGAGGGCUACUGCAGCUGGUAUCGGGGCAUGAAUGCCCGCGAUAAAACGGUCGUCAACACAACUGACCCCUGAACCCCGCGCGAGUCCUGGCUGAACAAAUAUCGCCUCCCCUUUGACGCCAUUUUGUCCCUUGUAUAGUAUUGCAGGACUUCCAAAACUGUCUCACGUUUAAGGGCAAAAAAAGAAGAAGAAAAAAAUUGAUAGCCAAUCCAUUACAGUGCCUGUUUUGUAGCACUUCUGAUUGAUUUUUGUUGUUUUUGUUGUUUGUUUUGUUGCUGUUGUACAGACUGCCCAGUCAAACUUUACAAUUGCAAAAUCCGAUAUUCCAUUGGGGUUCAAUGGUAUUAAAAAGGCAACUUUAAAUAAGAAUGUAUGAUCGUCAUCUCGAACGCUACUGGGAUCUUCAGCAUUCGUGUAAAUUGACACAGACCGCAUCAUUGAAAUCAAUGAGCUAAGCCUAUAAUCGCGGCCAUUUGGCGCAUAAAGGCAGGUUACAAAUUGUCCCUUUCAAAAGCAAUACAGUACCAUAUAACUUUAAAGUACACUAGCCGUACUGUACAGAUCAGGUGCCAACGUGAAGUGUGAGAUCUCAACAAAUGCCGCAUCUUAUUUCGGAUUAGUUCCGUUCCCAUUCUCUCGGUAGUGCGGUAGACACUGAUGGUGUUCCCAGUCUUCACUGGAGGCAGAAUAAUAUGUGGGGGCACUGAUGAAAUCAGAGCAAUGCUUAAAAAAAUAUAUAUAAAUAAAUACGUCUGUUACAGUGCCGGCGCACGGAAAAGCUACAUGUUGUCCAGAGAUGGUGAGAUUUUAUUUUUUAUUGUACAUAAGCUACAGAAAUGAAUUAUCAACUAAACUGCAACCUCUGUAAAACAUUUAUUUAUCUGGAUCAGACGGUAGAUUUGCUGUGGAUGUAUAUAUAUAUUUUCAACAAAAGAAAAACAACCAAUUGUCCUGAAUGGAAGACCAGCAUCUUCAAGCUGAAUGUCGUGUUGUUGUUUUUGAAAGUGUGAUCAUCAUUUCCUUGUUUGGGACUCUUCACAAACCAAUCCGCAAUAUACAGAGGCUUUCAGAUAUUUUUCUUGUCUAUUUUCAAUCUUUUUGUAUGGAAACUAUUCGAAAUCGACACAUACAGUAUAUAAACGUAACAAUAUUCUCACUAAAUUCAUUCUUCGACUGCUUUUUCUUAUUUUUCUUUCCAGAGCAGUGUCUUCAGUUCAUUCCAUUAAAUUGAUAGACACACAUUUGCCUCAGGAUUGGAAGAACAACCUUAUCGCCACUACAACAGCACGCAUGACUUUGAAUGCAGCACUCAACGCUUUAGCCUCGUCAAAUAUUCGUUCAGCCAAUUGGACAAGCGUUUAAGGACACUUUUUUAUUCGGUGUAAAUCUGAGGAUUUUUCAUCAUUGUGCGACAGUGUGACGUUGUGCUAUUUAUAUCAAUGCAGACUAAAUUGGUAAUGAGGCGUUUCCUCUGACUGAGGCAUUUGUGUGUCCUAUUCUGUGGUUCACAUUUCUGUAAAUAUACUGUCUCAAGUUUGAUCCUUAUGAGAAAAAGAAAAAAAAAAAUCCAAUCAAGGAAACCGUGUACAGUCUGUGUGUGAACGCUGUUUCCUGAAGUAUGACUAUUUUAUAUUUUUAUAAUAAAGAUUGAAUGAAUAUGA